UAAUUGGAUUUAUUUAUUAGUAAACUAAGCAUUUUAUUUGAUAACGAAUAGCUCCAUUUCGUAGUUCUGUGAUUUCAAAAUGGCGUCCUCUGACCGAUUCUUCUGUGCUGCGCAGAACCCCUGCGCGAACGUACGCAGUGCAGGCAACUUCACGUGCUCGAAGUACCUGCACUUGUUGACAGUUUCGAUGAUUUUAGAUGAUUUUCGUCUUUGAUUUCCGUCAGCAAUUAAACGUGGGCAAAACUGUUUUUAAUUGAAUCAUGGCCGAGCAAUUGGCGAAGGAUUAUGCGGCGUUCGCUAAAAUGGAUUUAUCCAAACAGAUAGAAAACGCUCAUGAGACUAUCGAAGACACCUUGAUGCGUCUCGAGGAGUUCGAGUCUAUCAUUGGAAUGGUUCAGACCGAAGGAGCACAGUGUAUGAGCGAGAAUAUCCCACGAAUAGAGUCCGUAAGGUCAGAACUGGGAACUAUGUGGAUGCGAGUUGAUGCUCUACAAAAAGUCAUAGCUCGAGUCAACACUGAACUAACUGCUAUGGAGACUGCAGUGGACAAUGCCGAAGCGGCAUUAGGAGUUUCAGAUCGAAUUUUUGGAAUGAUCAAUCCCCUGUCCUUUUUUAAGAAAACUCCAGAACCUGCCGUACCGGCUAGGUCAACGAAAUUCGAGCCUCCAACGAUCUACAAAACCGAGGAAUAUUUUGAAAGCGAAUAAACAUGUCUCUUAUU